GUGCACUUCUGAUCCAAUUGCUGGUGCUUUCUGCCUGCAAAAUCUGCCUCAACGACAGUAAUACCUUGACAACCGGACCCGGGCAUACCGAGAAACAUUUUGACAAAUCAACGACUGGGAUAUAUAUAUAUAUAUAUUUUUUUUUUCCCAAAAUUAAUUCCUUGAAGUUUGUUGGACAGGUCGUCGGAUAUUCCUGCACGAAAGUUCUCACGCGGGCAAUUAAAAUGAAGUACUGGUGCACUCAGAAGACUUCAUCAUCAGGAUACGAUGGAGCUCUUAGAAGAGGACCUCACAUGUCCAAUAUGCUGCUGUCUUUUCGAGGACCCGCGUGUUCUACCAUGCUCUCACAGCUUCUGCAAGAAGUGUCUCGAGGGCAUCCUGGACGGAAACCGGAGCCCUGCAUGGAGACCCCCGUUCAAAUGCCCGACCUGUCGAAAGGAAACCGUGCACAACGGCAUCGCGAGCUUGCAAGUUAAUUAUUCGUUGCGUGGCAUCGUGGAGAAGUACAACAGGAUUCGAGUGAUGCCGAGGAUGUCUCUCUGUCGAGCUCACAGCGGACAACCGCUCAAUAUCUUCUGCGCCACGGAUCUUAAGCUGAUCUGUGGUUUUUGCGCCACGACAGGUGACCAUAAAGGACACAAGUUUUGCGCGCUGGAGGAGGCGUACGAACGCGAGAAGCUCGCGUUUGAGGACUUGUUUCGCGUUGUGGAGGGCUGGAGGGGUGCGGAGGUGCAUUCGUGCUUGGAAUCGUUAGAGGGAGCUAAGAAGAAAGCGCUGGAGAGGGUCUCGCGUGAUGCGGAUCGAGUCUCAGAGUACUUCGACAAACUUCUGCGCACGCUGGACCACAAACGAAGCGAGAUUCUCUCGGACUUGGAGACUCUGAAGCUCGCGGUCAUGCAGACCUUUGACCCCGAGAUCAACCAGCUGCGCUCGGCGCUCGAGGAGCAGCGGCGCGCGCUCAACAUCGCCGAAUCCUUCCGUUCGCUCUCCGACCCGCUCACUUUCCUCCAGCAGAUGCAGGACUUCAGAGAAAAGCUGCGCGUUAUUAGGGGAACGCCACUGCCAUCGCGGACUGACGUUGACGUGGGUUUGCUUGGCCUACAGAGCUUCGAUGUCAAGGAAUGGGACCGGGUGCGUCUUGGAGAAGUGGACAAGCUGUGCGCCCCCUACGAGAGCAGCGCGUACCUGUCUUCGCUGCCCCCUGCUGCCGCUCCGCGCUUCUCCCGUGUGAUGUGGAGAGUUGUUCUGGUUAUAUGUGCGUGUCUCCCUGCGCUGAACUUUCUCCCAUCAGACUGCCUCGCUUUGAGCUUCCAGGAUAAGGUGGUCGCGCUCAGUGGCUUUUCUCUGCCCGGUCCCGGAGAGAUCGUGCGCUGGCUCGGGUUCUGCUGGACAGAAGCGGCUGAGAUCUGCACACUAAUAACUCAGAUGUGUCGGAACUGUAUCUUGGACCUGAUAAACACGACAUCUGAUUUCAUCAGCUGAUUUUAUAACUCCAUUUCUUAGGUACUUUUUUAUGUAGGCUACUAUAUGUGCCAAUCCCGUAGGUUUGAAGCAUUGGAUAAAUUUAGUUCGUGUCUGUUUUUGAAUUUGUAACAAAACAUAAUUGUGCUAUAAAAUUGCACUGAUUGUGUCUGUUGGUUUUAAAUGGAAAAACAAGUGUGGAUGGAUCGUUGUAUAGGCUAACAACAUUCUCAAAUCUUAAAUAAUAAUUAAAAAAAAUCCCUAUUCACUUAAUUUCUGAAUAGGUCACCUCCACAAGUUCAUCUCGAAUACAAGCAGACAGCUUGAUUGAAUAAAAUACCGUUUUGGAAGUUAACUAAAGAAGAGGAACGCUUAUUCCGAAAGUGCAUUGAAAUAUUUUAUCUCCUCCGUGCGAGUUAUUUACAUACUCAAGGUUAAACGUUACGUAACAAUGCCAGACUCAUACAGGAUUCAUUUAUAAUGUUUACUUAGAAUGAACUUGUAUCCUGCUAGGCUAUAUGUUUGUUUUAACUUUAUUCAAAGACCAAAUCUCAUCAAUAUCUUUAAUGUUUACAAUUUCAUCCAAGAGAGACAUGAGAUGUGCAAAAUUUAACAGAGUCAGGACUGUUGCGAUUUUUUUUUUUUUUUUGAAGGCAUCCCCUUUUCCCACCGUUUAAGCAGGAAUCCUGAGAUUCUAGGACAACUGUUCUGAUAUGACGUCACCGCUGGAGCCCUUCGCACGUCACCGAACAUAUAUUUAGCCGACUGUUGCCAGGCGAAUUGGGGAUGAAACGUGAAAUUACCUACUUUACCAAAUACAACCUUACAUACCUAAAAGUAGCCUAAAUUAAAUAACGAAUUUAUGAUAGAUAUACAGCUACAUUUUCUGAAGCCAUGCAGAAUCCAUUGCCGACAAUAUGAAGCUCACUCUGAAAUGGCGCCAUGUGUUAUAUAAUUUACUAUUCGAUUUUCUUUCUUUCUUUUUUUUUCCAAUGGAACUAUUGUGUCUUAAUAAUGACACCAUCUUCACUAUCGCAUAGCCUACCUUGCACCAGUAACUUCAAUAGGCUAUUAUUUUAAGGAAAAAAAAGGCAUCAACACAAGUGCCAUUUCUUUUUGCUUUAAACCGUGUUUUGCUGUGUUUAAUGUUUCUAAUGAUUCAAUUGUUAAUUUCGGUCAAUACUCGCCUCUUUUAAGAACUGAAAAAUACUUUGCAUCUUGUUGUUUUUCUUUGUAAAGUUGAAAAUUGUAUAUAGCUAUCCAAAUAAAUUUCACGUCACAUAGCCUAUA